AUUAGGAAAACAUGUAAAUUUUCUAAACACACUAAUUUGAUAUAAUCUUUAUAUUUUUUAGAGUUAAUAUUUUUCUUGUAAGACUCUCUCUCUCUCUCUUUCUGUUAAAGUUAAUUGUAUGUAAAGCGUUUAAAGUUAAAGAGUUAAUUUUUAUUUUUUAGUUGAUUAAAAAAAUACGAUAAAUUCGGUGCAAUUUAUAUUACGAAAAUUUGUUCCCAUGUUAAAAAACUUUUUUAUUUCUUUUUCCGGUAAUUUUUGCUUAAGACUAAUUUUUUACUGUUACCUUAUGAUUAUUCACGAUUAUUAUUUCUUUAGAGAAAAGAUAAUUUGCGGAUGGCAUGUCUGCGAAAUACUGCCGCACAAGCCAUAAUCAUUAAUCAAAGCAAAUAUCCUACUAAUUCAACAGGUGCCUGUGGUGGGGGAAUCCCCUCUUCUGGCCAAGCUCGUCACUCGAUCUCGCGACUGCUCGUUCGAGAUCAUUCGAGAUUUCGCGAUCGCGGCGUGCGGUCGGGGUCGGUUAAACACGCGCGCCGGUUCUGAAUAUCCAUAAACAAUGUACUUAUUCAUUACAACUUUUUCGACUAAUAAUAAGUGCUAAUAAGUGCAAAUUAAAGCACAAAGUGACGACGCUGUUGAAAUAUGAGAUAUUUAUUAUUAUUUAUUGUACAUGUGUGUUAUAUAACCCAACUGCAGCGUAUUUGUUUCUUUAUCACUCGCGAGACAAUUCCGGAUCAACCGCUUACCAUUUGUAAGCCUUUAGUCUUUGUUCGACUGCCGACAAUGGAAUGUUCCUGCUUCCUCUCGCAAAUAUCCAAAUAACAGCGAAACUUUGACGAAUCAAAGUAAAUAGAACCGUCGUAUUUUGCAGUGCAAUUCCAACGAAUUUCGUGUAUUUCCAGUGAAUUUAAAAACAUUUCCAGUGAAUUAUAAAAAAUUAAUGAAUAAUUAAUGGCGUGAGAAGAUCCUUUGCAUUGAAUUCGAUUCAUCACUCACGAGUAAUCGAUGAGACGAGCGAUCGCUGUAAGCUUUUGAUAAUCGAAGCAUUACCGGAUAUCGCCGACGGUGGUAAACAGUCGCUGAUCAUUUCGUCGUCGUAUUAAUUUCCAAUAUUAUUCGCUCGGCUACACGUGGCCGCAAGAGACUCCCAAGCGAAAAGCUGCAUCGUAUAGGUUAUGUCCGUGGUCCGUCGACGGUCGGCGAAGGGAAUGGAGUGACGUGUCGGCUGGGAUUGGCAGCUGGUGCUGGCCACACGGAAAUCACGACGUCACGCUUAUCACUGAUCUCGCUUCCGACUGAUAUUCGCACAAUUACUUAUCUUGGGUUAUCAUUGUUGGUUCUACUUGAACAGUGGCACUCAACGGUCAGUCAUUAUCGCAAUGACGUUUCUCGCGAUGCUUCGAUAACGAUUGGCUCCUCGAGACGCCCGUCGUGACGUAGAGCGACGAAACACCGAGGCACUUGGAGGAACUGUCGAGCAAAUAAACGAUCAACGGGCGCGAGCCAAGUGUGCGUAAGAUAAUUCGAGAGUGCAAACGUGUCGCGGGACCGAGUGCAAGAUGUUGACGCAACGAUUGAGCAACCGGAGAUUGCUGGUCGAUUUCCUGGCGCUGAUGUUCGGCCUGGGUGCCUGGAUUGGCGUGAACGGCGUCUACGUACAGCUGCCCCUCAUAGUGCACAACGCUCCGGAGGGAUGGAGCCUGCCGGCGCACAUGGUGAUGCUGGUGCAGUUUGCCAACCUAGGACCGAUACUGUACACUCUCUACAUAAAGUACUCAGCCUGGGCGUACGACAAGUACAUCAUUUACACUUUGCUGGCUGCGGGAACGUUGGCCUCCAUCGCGCUGAGCUUCCUCCAUAAUUACACCUCCGUCAUCUUCGGUAAGGACCACUCGACCGCUCUGCUGUCGCUGAUGUUCGUGACGGCGCUUGUCGGCUGCACAAGCUCCGUGCUGUUCAUGCCGUAUAUGAGGAACUACCGCGAGAUUUACCUGGUGUCCUAUCUGGUCGGCGAGGGACUCAGCGGGUUCAUACCGAGCGCGGUUGCGUUGGUCCAAGGCGUCGGUUAUAAUCCAGAAUGCAGGAAUGUCACUAAACCAGGCUCGAGCCGCCCGGAGUUCGUCCCUACCGACUCCGAUCCGCGGUUCUCUUCUCAGAUAUUCUUCAUCUUCAUCGGCACUCUGUUGUGCCUGAGCUUCCUGUCAUUCUUGUGCCUAAACCUGCUGCCCGUCGCGCUGGCCGAGAGAGUCAAGCUCCCGAGCAGCAUGGAAGCGCUGCCGACCGACACGAAGGCGCCGCCGAGCUACAAGACGAAUUCCGGCUGGAAAAUGCCGAAACACGUUUACUAUUAUUUAUUGGUGAUGAUGGGUCUGGUCUGCCUCCUCGGCAAUGGCACAUUACCGAGCAUACAGUCGUACUCGUGCUUGCCGUACGGCAACGUGGCGUAUCAUUUAACGGUCACGUUAGCCGCCAUAGCUAGCCCGCUGGCCAUGUCUUUAGGUUUCUUCAUGAAAACGCCAGCAGUCGAACUUCUCAGUAUCCUUACAGGGUUCAUUUUAUUACUGGUUGGUUUCGUCUGCUAUCUGGCCGCGAAAUCGCCUCAUCCUCCCUUACAAUAUUCAUGGGUAGGUGAAUUCUUAGUGGUUGUCGUGUGGAUAGUGCUUUGUGGCCUGAUAGGAUUUGUAAAGAUGGGCAUCACCACGCUCUACCGACCCGAUCCCGGUAAAGGUCUUUAUUACACUGGCGUUGCGACGCAAAUCGGAUCUCUGGUUGGUGCGAUUACCACGUUCGUCCUGGUUAAUUAUGUGAAGGUAUUUCAGUCUUAUUCUCCUUGCGAAUACCUUAUGAAAAAUUAACGUCUUCUGUACUUAGUAUUAGAAAUUAUUCGCGUCAGUGAUAUUGACACAAUUAAAUUAUUUUAUCAAAAAGGAUAUGAACUGUUUGAUAAGAUGUUCAAAUUUAGACGAUAUGAGUUUUGUUAUCAAGAUUUUUGCACGUGUUAUAAUUAUAUAAAAAUAUAAUUAUGAUAUAUAUUUUUAUUUAUAUAUAUUAAUUAUAAUAUUUAUAUAAUUAUAUGUUUGUAUCCUGGUUUUAACAACAUGAAGACAUUUAUUCAAUAUUAAUCUAUUAAUUAGAUUUUUGGGAAUUGGGAACAGUUUAUCAAAUAUUUUAUUAAUAUGCGACCGAUUUUUAAAAUUUAAAUUAACUUAUUAUUAUGUUGUUAAUUAUGCAACUCUCACAUUAACACUAUAUACUUUUAUAUAUAUUGAGCAUAUUGCAAAUAUGACUUAGAUAUUUAUAAAACUGAAGAAAUGAAUCAAGAAAUUAUUUUUAUAAAAAUAUCAUAUCAAUGUUUACGAUAUGAGUAACGCAUUUUUUAAUUCCUAUCUAUAUAAAAGUAUAUAGAAUUAUAUGAAUUCGACCAUAUUAAUACGUACUUACUUAGUCGUUGCAAUAUGUGUCUGUAUUAAUUUUUUUCUCACUGUACAAUUGUUUUAUUCGUCGAGUUUUUAAACUGCGAUAAUAUAAAAUUAAAAACUUUAAACAACAAUUUCUUUUUUGCUGGACAAAAAAGAAUAAGUACUUUGUACUAUCGUAAAUUUAACUUUAUUUUUAUCAUAAACUCAUUGCAAUGUAUGCAAUUAUCUAUGAUAAGUAUUAAGAUAUACUUGAAUAGAUAAAGAUACUUAAAAGAAGAUACAAUAUUUGAACUGCUGUAUUGAACAUCUUAUGGUUCGUUGCACCUGUGUAUCAGACAGUGCUCAAGUUAAUCUUGUGUGCUUAAUUCCUAUUUUAUAGCUGCAUCAGUGCUCAACUUUAUCUGAUAAAUUUUAUUGUGGGGAUUAAGAACUAGUUGGAAAAGACAGUUUUUUUUACCUCUUAGACUUAAUUAAUUCUGUCUUCUGUAAUUCUGCCGUUAAUGAGAUUGUGCAGCAGAAUUCACCUUAUCGCUUGGAAAUAACAUAGUGCGUCUGUGAUAUUUUGAGAAUACUUAAACUUUUAAGUAUCAGUAUUGGUACGAGUAAUUAACUUGAUUUACAAUGUUAAUCAACAACUAUCUUUUAGUAAUUGAUGAUGUAAUAAGAAAUAUAUUAUUUACUAUCACACAGAAAUAAAUAAAGGGAACGGCAAUACGAUGACAUACAAUUUAGAAAUUAAUUAUCGCGAAUGUUGGUCCCGCGAUGUAUGGCUGCCUGCACAAGUGCAAAUGCGAAUUAAACGAAUAAUUAUGCAUAUUGUACUUGACGUGCCUACAUAUUUUCGUUACAGGGAUGCUGAUAUUUUAUGAGAGCACAAGGAUGCUUAUCGUAAUAUUCUUUGGUGCUCUAGUCGGCUGCUUUAGUUCCGUACUGUUUCUGCCCUAUCUUCGCGACUUAAUUGUCUGAUAAUUGUCUCUUCUGAAACGCGUAUCGCACUUUUCAAUAUAUAGGCAUGAUUGUGCAAGCGGGUGCGGCUGUCGGUGCAAUAAUAUCAUUCGUUUUAAUUAAUUAAUUUCAAAGCGUAUGAUUUUUCUGCUCUAUCUGAAGAGCGUUAUCGAAAACUGUGUACAAUGAUACAGCGAAUUAUUUUAAUAUACGAUUUAAGGCGUGAUAAUGAAUAGACAACAGCUUUAGAAACAAAUAAAGUGUCUUUAUCAACAGUAAUAAAAAAUAUAAUAGUAUAUAUUUUGUAUUUGUGGUAAAUAGACUAAAACAUUACAGAAUAUAUCUGAAUCUAGGAAAAAGUAUAUUUUAUAUACAAGUAUCAAUACGCGCAUAUGUGGAUAUUUUCUGACAUAAUUAAUCUCAAUAAGAUGUUUAGCGGUUUUUAACUAGAUAGAGGCACAGAAAUUAUACAUACUUGAAAUACUUUUGCAAUAUAAACAUGCAUUUAUAAUUUCUCUAUAUGCGUGCAUAUUCAGCAAAAAAUUUUAGUGGCAAGAAUAUUCGCUAUUUAAAUUAUUGUAUUGAAUUAUACCCAUGCAGACAAAUUGAGUAUGAAUUUUUGGACAAUAAAUAAUAGUGUAUAAAUACUGCAACAACAAAAUAUUUUAAUAUAAUGUAAUAGGAAAUAAAAUAUUGUCGAAAUAAAGUUUCUUGGGUUUUAGAUAUUUAUUAGCGUAAACUUUAAAUAAUUCUUGGCGACUUUAUAUUGUUGCUGUACACUGCAAGCACAGUCCGUGCAAGGCAUUAUAAUUGUUAUUUAGAAAUAAAAUUUAUAUUAUAGAAA